AGUCGAUGGCCAACGGUGCCAGCGUUAAUAGAUCCAUCCCAUUUUCAACCCAGAAAGCACGAAUUCGAAUCCCAAAAUAAAAUGUAUCUAGAGCUCUUGGCGCUUUUCCUGGCGACCGUUAUCGCGUGGGAUUACAUGCGAAACAGGCGCCACAACAAGAUGUACGCCGCCGCUGGUAUCCGAGGACCCAGGAGCUAUCCACUGGUGGGAAACGCUCCCAUGAUGAUCAAUGAGUCCCCCAAAACUGUCUUUGAUCUGCAGGACCGACUGAUUGCUCAGUAUGGUAAAAACAUAAGAAUUCGGAUGUUGGGCGAACGCGGCUUCAUGACCGCUGAUUCAAAAAUGAUUGAGGCGAUCAUGAGCAAUCAGCAGACCAUUCAGAAAAACAAUCUAUAUGGGCUCCUGGUCAAUUGGCUCGGCGAUGGACUGCUGCUUAGCAAAGGCAAAAAGUGGUUCCGACGCAGGAAGAUCAUCACACCUGCAUUCCACUUUAAGAUCCUGGAGGACUUUGUGGAGGUCUUUGACCAACAGAGCGCUAUUAUGGUUCAGCAGCUGUACGACCGGGCGGACGGCAAGACGGUGAUAAAUAUGUUCCCGGUGGCUUGCUUGUGCGCCAUGGAUAUCAUUGCGGAAACGGCCAUGGGUGUGAAAAUUAAUGCUCAGCUCCAGCCGCAAUUUUCCUACGUUCAGUCGGUCACAACUGCCUCUUCAAUGUUAGCUGAACGCUUCAUGAAUCCCUUGCAGCGCGUAGAUGCCUCCAUGCAGAUCUUCUAUCCGAAAUUGUUAGCCAAGCUGAAUGAUUCCGUGAAGAACAUGCAUGACUUCACCAACUCGGUAAUCACUGACCGACGCGAGCUCCUACAGAAAUCCAUUGCCGAUGGUGGAGAUGCCGACGCUCCCCUCCUUAACGAUGUGGGUCAGAAGCGUCGCAUGGCCCUGCUGGAUGUGCUGCUCCAGUCCACCAUCGAUGGAGCUCCGUUGAGCAACGGUGACAUCCGCGAAGAGGUAGACACCUUUAUGUUCGAGGGCCACGACACUACGACCAGUAGCAUUGCUUUUACCUGCUAUUUGCUAGCUCGAAAUCCGGAGGUUCAGGCACGCGUCUUCCAGGAGGUCCGAGAUGUUCUGGGCGAUGACAAGUCGGCUCCAGUUACGAUGCAGCUACUGGGCGAGCUGAAGUACUUAGAAUGCGUGAUAAAGGAGUCUCUGCGCCUGUUUCCCUCGGUGCCGCUCAUUGGACGAUACAUUUCCCAGGACACCGUACUCGACGGCAAGCUUAUACCCGCCGACUCUAAUGUGAUCAUCCUUAUUUACCAUGCUCAGCGCGAUCCAGACUACUUUCCUGAUCCGAAGAAGUUCAUCCCUGAGCGUUUCAGCAUGGAGCGCAAGGGCGAGAUCAAUCCAUUUGCCUAUACUCCCUUCUCCGCGGGCCCGAGGAACUGCAUCGGCCAGAAGUUCGCAAUGCUCGAGAUGAAGAGCACUAUCAGCAAAAUGGUGAGACACUUUGAGCUGCUGCCUCUAGGCGAGGAAGUACAGCCCGUGCUGAACCUUAUCCUGCGAUCGUCCACGGGAAUCAAUUGUGGCCUCAAGCCACGCGUCUAUUAGCUCGUCCUGCAUUGUGAUCUUUGUUAACUAGUUAUAAGUGACCGACUCUGUAAAUAUUUGAAUAAAAUACUUGUACAUAAUUAUAUCCAGUGAUGGAUGUUGUUUUU